UUAUAAUUUUAACCAACACAUUUCGAUAAGGGUCCUCGUGCUUAUCACUGGCCAUUAGCCGCUUAUCAAUGUCGUGCCGAUAAGCCUUGGCCCCCGCUCAAUUAUCAUUUCAGUCGCAUUUCCAAAUGGCUAUAAUCAUUGGCCUAGACAAUCUUUCAACCAGUUGCACAUUGGUCAUAAGCAAGGCUGGUUGCCCUCUAAAAGAACAGCAAAGAAAAACCGAUUGAAAUGGGAAACGACAGGUUCGCUGUACCGGAGCCACCGCCAUUGGGCUUUGCAAGUGCACCACCACAGCCGGGAUUUCCCCAACCAGGUUAUCCACAGCCAGGACAUUCCUGGGACUCACCACAUAGCCAGCAGCCAGGAUACUCGGGCUAUCCUCCAGCACCGCAGCAGGGAUAUCCCCCGCAGAUGGGAUAUCCACCUCAUCAGGGAUAUCCGCCACAGCAGGGAUAUAAUCCUCAACAAGGAUAUCCGCCUCAGUAUUAUGGAUCACCAACUGGAUAUGGAGGACCACCGCCACCACCACCACCGCAACCCACACAGCAGACCGUGAACGUGGUAGUGAAUGGUGGCUGGUAUAGUCGCAAUCAAAAGAAUAAGCCACAAUCGAAUGCUGUGGGCGGAGCUGCUCUCAUCUUUAUAUCUGGAGGCAUGAACAUUGCGUGGAGCAUUGGCUUUCAUGGCACUCUAUUUUAUGCCACCGACAAGCAUACCUUCUUAGCCUGGUUCCUUGGCGGCAUAAUUGGAUCCGUUGUCAGCUGUUUUCUCACAAACAAAGUGGCCAAGAAGAAAGUUUUGAUCUUCAGCUCUGCCCUGGUGAUGAUUGGUGGCAUUGUGGUUGCCUCUACCAGGAAUAAUGGGGCGGCCAACAUGGCAGGAUCCUACCUAGAUGGGAUAGCCAAUGGCCUGGUGUUUGCUCCUUUUAUGGCCCUGGCUGGAGAGGUUGCAGUGCCCUAUAUGCGUGGCCUCAUCUCGGCAAGCAUUGAGCAGAUGUGCUAUGGCCUGGGCAUCUUUGUACAGAUCGUAUAUAUCUCCGCUUGGACCUAUGAAACCUAUCCCUCGAAGAACUCCUUUUCACCGGAGAAUAUGAGGGGAGUGCUGAGUGCUGUAUACGGACUUCUGGCUUUGAUAAUUGGCUCCCUUCUGUGCAUCGAGUCUCCGGUGAUAAUUCUAGCCACCAAGAACGAUGAGCCGGGAGCCAUCGAUGCGUUGAGACGCCUUCAGAGGCCCUACACCGUGACCAACGAGACCUUCGAGCAGCUGGCAGAGCACAAGCGGUACCUGGCCCACAACAAGGACCUCUCUUUGGGCCAGAGCAUUUGCCAGGCCAUCCCCACCUUCAUUCGGCUGAUGUUCCUCCGGGGCCUGAAUGUUCUGAGCAUCAACCAGUUCCUAUACUUGACCCUUCUCUACUCAUUUGUGAACUGGUAUGGCCUGAGCGGCUCCUGGGCCUGGCUCUGUGGAUUCGGAUUCUGUCGGUGGAUGGGCAACUUUAUAGCCACAUUCAGCAUGGAGUCGGCGGGUCGCAAGAAGCCCACUGUCCUGGGACUCUUGGUCUGCGGUGUCCUGGCCUUCGUGAUUGCCGCUCAGUACAAUAUCAUGAACUACAACACCGGGAAUGCCAUCAUGGUUCUGGUCUUCGAGUUCUUCGCGGGAGUCGCCUUCACGGCCACGUCUCCUUACCUCGCCGAGGCGUAUCCUUUGGGAGUUAAGCAGCAUUUCAUAGCGUUUACCUUUAUUGCCGAGAUGCUGAUCUUCAUUGUGAUUGAAAUGAUCGAUUGGGAUUACACAGUCGGAGCUGAAUACUUCUACGCCGUGGGAAUACUUUAUUUAAUAGGCUUUAUCUUCGUGAUCCUCUGCCUGCCGGAGACCAGAAGGACCAAUUUGCGUGAGGCCCAGGGCAAGUUCAGCAGGUUUAUCAGCACGGCUUUCUAGACGCUGUCUUUC